AUGCGUGUUUUUACUUUGAUUGCGAUUUUGCUUAGUUCAUCUUUGUUAGCUCAUGCAUUCUCCUCUAAUUAUGCUCCUGUAGGCAUAUCUUUACCUGCUUUUACCAAAGAAUGUCUUUACUAUGAUUUGUCCUCUGACGAAGAUGUCCUUGUGGUCAGUUACCAAGUUCUGACAGGUGGGAACUUCGAGAUAGAUUUCGAUAUUACCGCCCCUGAUGGCUCUGUCAUCGUUACUGAAAGACAGAAGAAGCAUUCCGAUUUUCUACUGAAAUCAUUUGGCAUAGGUAAGUACACGUUCUGUUUGAGUAAUAACUACGGCACUUCCCCAAAGAAAGUUGAAAUUACCUUGGAAAAGGAAAAGGAGAUCGUUUCUUCCCAUGAAAGGAAGGAGGAUAUCAUCGCAAAUAACGCCAUUGAGGAAAUUGAUAGAAACCUGAAUAAGAUCACCAAAACGAUGGAUUAUCUGAGAGCUAGAGAAUGGAGAAACAUGUAUACUGUGAGUUCUACUGAGUCAAGAUUAACGUGGCUAUCAUUACUAAUUAUGGGAGUAAUGGUCGGUAUCAGUAUAGUGCAGGCUUUGAUUAUUCAGUUCUUUUUUACCGGUCGUCAAAAAAACUACGUAUAG